GCCAGUGUUGGGAGAGCUGUUCUUCCUAUUAGUUGUUAAAUUUGGCAAAAGUUUUACUGGAGAGUGACUGCACAACUUGGCUUUUUUAUCCAUCGACGGAAGCGAAUCUUUACAUCGAAGAGACCUGGGAAAAAUCUAAAAUAUAGUUAUGAAGAUACCAGGAUCGGUGCUCUUAUGCACCGUGUUACUGGUCAUAGUUUGCGCUCAAAAAAGCAGGAAAGAUGAUGAUAAAAAAUUUGAACCGUUUGUCUGUCCGGAAGGUCAGGGAAAUGGGAAUUUCGCCGACCCAGCAACCUGCAAGAAAUUCUAUCAGUGCGUAGAUUCGCACCCCUACACAAAUAUGUGUCCUGUUGGGCUACGCUUCGAUGAUAUCAGCAAAUUUUGUACGUUCCCAAACGAAGCUCGUUGCGGCCCGAUUCCUACAACUCCAGCACCAAUAACUGAAACACCAAUAGAUUUGGCAUUACGAUGUGACAGACGUAAAUGUGAAUUGCCGUAUUGUUUCUGUUCUCGCGAUGGCACACUUAUACCCGGCGGUUUGGAUCCGCAAAAUACUCCGCAAAUGAUUCUCCUGACCUUUGACGGUGCAGUAAACCUUAACAAUUUCGAUCACUAUCAGAAGAUUUUCUCAGGAGAUAGAGUGAAUCCUAAUAAUUGCCCAAUUAAAGGAACAUUCUUUAUUUCUCAUGAAUAUUGUAAUUAUAACAUGGUACAGGGUCUGGCUCACGAUGGACAUGAAAUCGGGGUAGAAACGAUAUCUCUCCAAAAAGGAUUGGAGGAUAAGGGAUACGAAGAAUGGGUGGGUGAAAUGAUUGGGAUGCGAGAGAUUUUACAACAUUUUAGUAACGUCAGUCGUAGCGAAGUGGUUGGCAUGCGAGCACCGUAUUUAAAACCAGGUCGUAACACCCAAUACAAAGUCAUCGAAGACUUCCGUUUCAUAUAUGAUAGCAGCAUUGGAAUUUCACCGCUUAAAACACCAAUUUGGCCAUACACUCUCGACUACAAAAUCCCUCACGAAUGUAAGGCUGGUACAUGUCCUACAAAAAUGUUCCCAGGAAUUUGGGAAUUACCUCUAAAUAGUCAUUACAUUGAAACAUACGAAGGUGGACACUGCCCAUACCUUGAUCAAUGCGUGCUCCAUAAUCACGACCCAGAUGAUGUUUUUGAGUGGUUACAAGAAGAUUUCAACCGCCAUUAUCUACAGAAUCGAGCACCUUACAUGAUGCCAUUCCACACCAAUUGGUUCCAGAUUAAGGAACUGGAACGUGGUCUGCACAAGUUCCUCGACUGGACACUUACAUUACCCGAUGUGUACUUUGUCACAGCCACACAAGCGCUAACUUGGAUAACUGAUCCUACGCCAUUAAAAUCAUUGACUACUUUUGAAGGAUGGCAAUGUAAGAAGAGAGAAAAUGUUCCAGACCCAAUGUGCAACAAUGGAAAUAAGUGUGCACUCGCUUUUAAACCCGCAGAAGCUAAUGUUACAGCAACCAGAUACCUAGAAACAUGUAGAGAGUGUCCAAACAAGUAUCCUUGGCUGGGGGAUGCUAAAGGAACUGGACUAUUCAACGAUAAUUACAAUCCAGACAUUAAAGAUACUGUACCAUUUGACGAUGACUACGAUUAGGAAAAGAAAUAAGUUUUCUUCAAAUUGAUUCCGGACUCUACAGUAAGAAAAAGGGGUCACGUUAUGCGUUAUAAAAUAGUUCAAUGUAUUUCACAAAUACUACUAACUAUUUCUAGGAGCGUAAUACCCAGAACUUUGAAUGGCUGUUCCUAACGGCAUAAUAUCCAAAUAUAUAAUUAAUAUGCUAGCAGUAACAGUAAGGAAUGUAAUGGACUGAAUUCAAUUUAAUCAAGCAUUUAGCAUAGGAAACGAACUUCUUUAAACCUGCCCAACAACUAUUCUGUUAUAAUCAAAGAAGGUUUGCGUUCACUUAAUACUUCUCCAAAUUCUGCUGUCACAUUCAACCUGCUAGUAGUGGAAGAUCGAGUGAGAGAAAAAAUGUAUAAUUUGUAAUAAUGUGUAAGGUUUGUACGUUAUAUUUCAUACCAGGAGCCCUGGAAUUAUGGAGCCUGGAAUUAUGAAGUGCCACAUGAGUUUUUCUGUGGAAUAUAGGUUUCAACUUCCAUCAUUGAAUGGAAAAUAAAUACCGAUAACUUUCAA